AACUCCCGGUCGGUUGCGGUAAGGCUGAAAGGCUGGCAACUCCGGCUCUGGCUGCCGUACUUCUGCUAAAGAUCGUAUCGUGCUGGGACUUGAUAACCUGACAGCGAAGCAGAGGAAGAAGACGCUUUACUUAGACAACCUCGAGACAUUCAACGCGACGGGUGAAGUCGUGACGAGCUUUUCUCGGACAGGAAUGAGGAGGAAUUUGGCGUUCCAGCGAAUUGAAUCAUUUCUUGGAGAAGGAACAAAGCUAAGCACAGAGGGGAUUCCGGCUUGUGCUUCAAUCGCAAGCGGCAAUUCUGUGAGCGGCCGGUUCAAAUUGUACCUAGUCGGCCGUCUUCUCCGGAUCUCGCUCGAGAUUUAGAAUCGAGUCCAUUUGAUCACCGGUUUCAUACUCGUGUGGAGAGAUUUUACUCCUCUCUGGACAUUUUCGACGUGGGCAACUGUGUCGAGUCCUUUCGAGCUUUUCCGGCUCUAUUUCUCUUUUCGUCUCUGUGUACUCAUCGCAGUCCAUGUCUUACUCUGUGUUUACUCGCCCCGACUUCUCCUGCUGUUGACCACGAGUUUGUUGUUAUUCUGGCUCCCCGGCACUCGCGAAGAGUCGUUCCCUCGGCCAAGAGUCCGAAUUGCGGAUUGAAUGUGUCUUGAAGUUGACUCUUGAUGCUGGAUCUACUGUUCAGUGAGCACGUUUCCUUCUCGCGAAUACAUGACUUUUUGUCACCUGCAGGGUGAGAGAUUUUAGAUCUUCUCGUACCAGAGUUCAUAUCAAUUGCCGAUACCUUACGACAAUUUUUAACGAACCGGGCGACGGGAUCCAGGACACAAGGCCAACGUCGCCCGAGUACAUGAGGCUUUAGAAUUCGUCGACUUGGAGGCAACGCCGGGUUGCCAGCUAAUAACAAAGUCCAGGGUGAAAGUGUGGCGUUUUGAAGGGAAUAAUUGCGGUUGCGCCUAAUGGCGAAUCACGUCAACACUGUGAUGUUGAAUCUCGUGAAACAAGGUCAUGCAAGGCAACAAUCUUUGGAGCUGAGUCCUACAAACUUUAGCCCUCCAAAUUCGCAGAGAGAACAGAGGGAGUCAGCGGCCUACGCAGGGUGGGUGUACCAUGUGGGGCUCAAUUCUCUUGGAUAUCCUUUCUGCCAUGCCCGUUUCCUUGUCAUCAAGGGCAAGUAUGUUACGAUGUACAAGCACGACCCUCAAGAUCAGCCCCGAACGGUGCCGCUCAGAACUGGUUUCGUUGGUCAGCAUCUCAUGGUUGAGGAGGUUGGUCGGCAGAUCUAUCACGGCAGGGCGCUGUACGUACUGAGGAUUUUCAGCCGUAUGGACCACAGCAGGCAAGGAGAGUUCGCCUGUGAUAGUGCCGAAGAAGUGGAAAAAUGGAUUGCUGCCUUCAAUCAUGCGAAGGAGGAGGCGGAGUAUGACCUGGAAAGGGCCAGCAGUCGCAGGUUGAUGAAUACCGAGGACGAGUUCAAAUUAAAUGGUCCUAGACACCACCGCUCUUAUUCAAGAGGCUUGAACAAGCUCAUCACUAUAGGAAGAGGCCCGGAGCUGUUGCUUCGACGAGCCUCUAUGGUCAGUCCCCAAACUUCUGAUUCUGAUUCCUACUAUCAGAGAGAAGGCGAUACUGUCGAGCAGGCUGAUUGGAGGUGCUUCCGUACUGUAAAUGGUCUACGCAUAUUUGAAGAUGUUGCCGCUUCUAAGGCAGAAAAAGGCACCAUUAUGAAAUCUGUUGGAGUCGUGGAUGCCGCUCCAGACACUAUUUUUGAAAUGGUCAUGAGCUUGGAGAAAUCAUUGAGAUAUCAGUGGGACGUCCUGACUGCAGAUUUGGAGCUUGUAGAGCAGUUGGAUGGGCACUCUGACAUCGUUUAUGGGACAUUUGAUCCUAAGUAUUUUAAAAGAUGGCACGCAAAGAGGGAUUUUGUAUUUUCUCGGUAUUGGCGUCGUGACCAAGAUGGUUCUUACUUAAUUCAUCAAAUUUCAACUAUGCACAAACUCAGGCCAGUAAAAUACGGAUACCAGCGUAUCGACUUCAAUCCUGGUAUUUGGGAGAUUAGCCCUCUUCCUCCUAGACCUGGGACCAAUGUUGCACGAUCGCUAGUUACUCAGAUAAUGGAAGUCAGGUCGACUGGAUGGGGUCGGUGGAAGGCCAGUCAUUACGCUAAAUUUCACAAAACUGUUCCUUGUGUAAUGCUCUGCCGUAUAGCAGGGCUGAGAGAGUUUUUUGCAGCUAAGCCAGAGCUUAGCAUGACACCUGAGGCAGCAGAACGUGUGAUAACGGCAACAAGUCCAAAAGCUGGCAGAAAACCAUCUGAGUCUCCAGACGCACUAUCUGAUCCACUGGUUCAGGUCCCUGAGUCUAAUGAAGAAUUUUAUGAUGCUAUAAUGGGGGCAGAGCCAGUGGAUGAGACAGAAGGUGGAGACAGUGGAGAAGAUGAGAGCAAGUCUGCCCACAAGACUCCAGGUCAUAGUCACAGAUUCAGGACUGUCUCCUGGAGUGUCAUGAUGGGUUUGCCCAGCAAGCGACCACCUGCUAGAGAAGAGAAUGGAGAACUGGUGCUAAGUGCCCUACCUGUAACGAUAGACGGAAGUGCCUUUAAAGGUUCUUUACGGAGAAGUGUGUAUGACAAAGAUAGCGAUUGCUGGUCCGAACCAGGUGGAAAAGGGUUCAUGGUUCGCGGACGGACGUACAAUGACGAUAGUCUGAAGGUGCCAGGAACUGAUCCUCUACUGAAGCUAAUGGCUGUUGAUUGGAUCACCUCUGAGGAGAAAGUGGACUUUGUUGCCAAGAAUCCAAAAUCUAUUGUGCAGUCUGCUGCGGGGAAGAUGGCACCCUUCAUACUUGUUGUAAAUCUUCAGGUCCCAGCAAAACCAAACUACAGCAUGGUUUUCUACUAUGUAGCAGACAGGCCGGUCCGAAAGGGUUCAUUACUGGACCGAUUUAUAAAUGGAGAUGACGCAUAUCGGAAUGCACGAUUCAAGCUCAUUCCUAGUAUCGUUGAGGGCUAUUGGAUGGUGAAGCGCGCCGUCGGCACCAAAGCAUGUUUGCUGGGCCGAGCUGUGACUUGUCGAUACCUGAGAGAAGACAAUUUCCUAGAGAUAGACGUUGAUAUCGGAUCAUCAUCAGUGGCACGGGGUGUCAUAGGCUUGGUUUUGGGUUAUGUGACUAGCCUUGUUGUUGACCUGGCCAUUUUGAUCGAGGCCAAGGAGGAAUCUGAGUUGCCCGAAUAUGUGCUCGGUGCUAUACGAGUGAACCGAAUUAGAGUGGAGUCAGCCGUUCCUUUCAAAGGCACAUGAUAAGAUCAACGCCCUGUAGUAUGCGAACUAGAUAAACAGGGAGGCGGACAUGCCUUUUUGUCUGGUUAAAUUGAACAAUUAUUUGCGGGAGCUUGAAGAUACGCUGGGUUUUCUGAAACUCAUCAAGUAACCCUGUAGUAAACUCACGAUGUUUCUGAACAUCAGUAGAACGUCGCAUUCACCAUUCUUUUCCGUUGCCUGCUGUCUUCCUGCUCAGUCGGCAGAUCUACUUAAUUGUAGAAAUGAUGUGUGGGCCUUCACCAGCGAGCUCUGCCUUCAGCAGAGAGGGAAGUCUUGAGGGACUAGCAGGCGAUGCGAUAUCACAGUUUCUGCUAAUAAAACUUAAAAUACGCCACAUCUCUAUCGCAAAGCUUUGACAUAAUAUGCUGGUAUCUCAAAGCAGUCCGCGAAGUAUCCUGAAACAUCUCAAAUUAAAGAUGGAGAAUGUUGAAGAUUGACGCUGGCUGACUUCCCACACUACAGACAACUGCAUGCAUCGCGCUCGUGAAGCACACCCCAAAUAUUUUUGCCCGACACAUAUCGUGAGAAGCCCUGCACACCAUAGAGCUGUGUUACAGCGCUAUGGUGUGCAGGUACUUAAAGGUUCUAGGAAGACAUUUAUGUAGCUCAGUAGAACAAUCCUUUAAAGUGCAUAGUAACGAUAGAAUGUUAAAUGAUGUAUAUCAUAUUUUUGUCGAGGCGAAUCCUAGGGGAAAAGGUUGAAAUAAGUUGUCCUGAUCAGAGAUCGUCAUGACUAAAUACUACAGUUCUUAUCCGCUUCACACGGCGGAUGUGGAACUCAGCUGUAUUUAGUCACAGGGUUACUAGUGUUCUCUGGGACGUUAGUCAGUAACCUGUCACUCACAUUUUGAAGAACCGAAGAUUAAUGUCUGACGUCUUUCGGCAUGUGAAGUUCACUUGUAAAUUAAUUUUGAGCAUAGAGAUAAUAAAUUGGUUGGUUUGCGAG